CUGGACCACAUUGAAAGGGACUCUGAUGUUGUCAUAAGCUAUAGUCUGCGGAGCUCCAUCAUCAGGAACUUCCAGCAGGAGCAUCUCUGUGACAAGCAGGCCGCAACUACUGUUCAAGUGCCCCAGCAUUCCCACUAUUGCCAGUGUUACUGACAGGCUGGGAACUCAUCAGUGUAGGCUUUCAGUGGAGCAUCUUCCAGAGCAGCUGCCAAGCAUGAGAUUGCUGUGUUGCGCCUCCCUGCUGUUUCUCAUUAACCUCGUCCUUCAGACAAAUGCACUGAUAACAUGUGGAACCAACCAGUUCCAGUGUGGGAAUGGGAGAUGUAUCACACUGAGGUGGGUGUGCGACGGCUCUGAUGACUGCGGAGAUGGCACAGAUGAACUUCCUGGUACCUGUGCGGUCAAAACAUGCAAACCAACAGAGUUCAGCUGUGCAGGGCGUCUUAACCAGUGCAUCCCGAGCACGUGGCACUGCGAUGGUAAAGCUGACUGUGAGAACGGCGCUGAUGAGGUGAAUUGUGCGGCCAAGCAGUGCACGGAGUCCGAGUUCCGCUGCAAGAGCGGCCAGUGCGUGUCGUCCUCCUUUGUGUGUGAUGACGACGUGGACUGCGAGGACGGCAGUGACGAGGAAUCCUGCCCGCCCGUCACCUGCAGUUCCGCUUCCUUCCAGUGCAACAACACAGUUUGCCUUCCUCGCCUGUGGGCCUGCGAUGGGGACAGCGACUGCUCCGACGGCUCGGAUGAGUGGCCCGAAACCUGCGGGACAAAGACUCCUGACCUCGUGAGCAUUCAUCACUGCUCCUCGAUGGAGUGGCGUUGUGGCAGUGGAGAGUGCAUCCAUGUUAGCUGGAAGUGUGAUGGACAGGCUGACUGCCUUGAUCAAUCAGAUGAAGCUAACUGCUCUCGUGUCACCUGUUCUCCUGACGAGUUUGAAUGCGGCGAUGGUACUUGCAUCCAUGGGAGCCUGCAGUGCAACCAUCAAUAUGACUGCAGGGACAUGAGCGAUGAGAUUGGCUGCGUGAAUGCGACCCACUGUGAGGGCCCAACCCGGUUUAAAUGCCGCAGCGGAGAGUGCAUUAGUAUGGAGAAGGUGUGCGAUAAGAAACGUGACUGCAGGGAUUGGUCGGAUGAGCCUCUUAGGGAAUGUGACUCCAAUGAGUGCCUGUACAACAACGGCGGGUGCUCUCAUAUUUGCAAAGACCUGAAGAUCGGUUAUGAGUGCUUAUGUCCCCCUGGAUACAGCCUAGUUGACACAAGGCGCUGUGAAGAUAUCGACGAGUGUGCCAACCCAGACACCUGCAGUCAAAUCUGCAUCAAUCAGAUGGGCAGCUACAAAUGUGAGUGUGAGGAGGGUUACCAAGUUGACCCAGCAACUAAACACUGCAAGGCCAUUGGAACAAUAGCCUAUCUUUUCUUCACUAACCAUCAUGAGGUCAGAAAGAUGACUCUGGACAAAAGUGAAUACACGAGAGUAAUCCCUCGCCUAAAGAACGUCGUGGCGCUCGACAUGAACAUGGCCACCAAAGAGAUCUACUGGUCAGACAUAUCCCAGAAGAAAAUCUACAAAACUCCAAUGGACUCGGCUGAAGACUCCACUCAACACCACAUCGUGAUCGGUAAUGACAUCGAUGCUCCUGAGGGAAUUGCCUUCGACUGGGUCCAUGGUAACCUUUACUGGACCGACAGCGUUCGUGGCACGGUCUCAGUUGUAACUGCUGACGGUAGCCGACGCAAAACCCUCUUCCACCAGGACUUAUCGAAACCCCGCGCUAUUGUGGUAGACCCCCAAAGCAAUUUUGUUUACUGGACCGACUGGGGGAAUCCAGCUAAGAUUGAGAAGGCAGGUCUUAAUGGAGGAGACCGCACCGCACUGGUCACUGACAACAUCAUGUGGCCUAAUGGCAUCACACUCGACCUGCUAAACCAGCGGCUCUACUGGGUGGACUCUAAGCUGCACACCCUCUCCAGUAUUGAUGUUCAGGGCGGUGGUCGACGCACGCUCAUCAUUGAUGAACACAAACUCGCUCACCCACUAGGGCUCGCUGUAUUUGAGGAAAAAGUGUUUUGGACAGAUGUGAGUAACAGUGCCAUCCUCAGUGCCAACAGACUGACUGGUGAGGACAUUGUGCCGCUGGCGGAGCACCUAUCGUCACCAGAAGACAUUAUUCUGUUCCAUAACCUCAAACAACCUGCUGGAAGAGACUGGUGUCAGGUGUUCAGCGGUGGUUGUGAAUUCUUGUGCCUGGCAGCUCCUCAAAUAGGAAGACAUCCCCCCAAAUAUACCUGUGUCUGUCCAGAUAACAUGACGCUAGCCAGGGAUAUGAGGACAUGUGUACCAGCUGUGCCGACACCUGAAGCUACUGGGCUGCCUCAAGUUCCGGCCACAAGUAAUCCUCAUCUGCUACCAGUAUCACCCAGCACCACACUGAGAACCAUACUCAGGACUACACCCAGGACCACACCGAGGACCAUACUCAGGACUACACCCAGGACCAUAGUGAAGCCUAAGUUUCACACAACUACUACAGUGCCUGUCUUAACCCCCAGCACUGUCGCCAGGCCAGUGCUACGGCUUACCAGUCCUCCAUUCAGGUCCACCACACCCCAACCAAGGACGCCUUUGCUCCAGCCAGGGAAUCCUAAAGUCUUCCAGACCACCACACAAGCUCCAGUCACCUCUCCAAAUAUCCGACCUGAAUUUACUGAAGUGCUAACCAAGACUGUGUCUACCACCCCAAUAGCACUUUACGUUAUACUACCUCUUGCGGUCGCCGCUCUGGUGGCUGUUGGUGGCGUUCUGCUCUGGAGGAACUACAGGCUGAAGAACACCAGCACAAUUCACUUUGACAACCCCGUUUAUCAAAAAACCACUGAGGAGCAGGUGCACAUUUGGAGGAGCCUUGAUGGUUACUCAUACCCAAAAAGACAAGUUGUGAGCUUGCAUGACGAGGCAGACAAUCCGGUCUUCGCAGACAACUGAAAAAUGAUGAGCAGAGCAGAAGGAGGUGCCUUAAUGAUAAGCUACCUUCUUCAUCGUUUAGCAUUGUUACCUCACGCGGCACAAAGAUAUGGUGAUCAAAGCCUGUAUGUGACAACCUUAAACCACUAUAUCCUCAAAGAUACAGAGACGGUCUACUGUGAAAAUACCAGUUAAUUUUUUUUUUCUCAUCAGAGAAAUUUUUUCUUCAUUACUCACCAAAACAUACCAAAUCAUCAGAUUGAGAAGUCCUUGAUGUUGAUCAUUUUUAGUUGUUAAUAUAACUGCUAUGCUGGGAGUGUAACUGUGUCAUCUUUCAAGCCACUUGCCUGCUUUUGAUAAUAUUACAUCUUGCACUAUUUAUCAUUUAAAACAACAGUUUGAGGAAAUAGUCACGGCUAUUUUCUGUAACUAAAUGUUUAGCUUUCACCUCCUGACUUGCUAACUUUGUUUAGCAUAACAAUUGGAAUCAGGCGAAAGCAGCUAGCCUAGCUUUGUCAAACAGGAAAAUCAUCUCUAGAGCUUUUUUCUUAAGUUUGUAUGAAAACAAAACGGAAAGGUGACGUGUCAGCCCCUUACAGGUGUUAUUUAGUAAAAUUAGCAAGGUGAUUGCUACUUCUGUGCAAAACCAGGGAAUAGUUUGCUAUCUUAUGCUAAGCUAAUCUAAACUGCAGAUAGCAACAGAUUAUAGUUUUUCUUUAGCGUUGCGUAUGCAGCAGGUGAAUGUAAAUGCUAAACAUGCCUCAUUCACCCAUUCAAUACAAGCACUAUGUCUAUGCAGAAGUGCUGUCUAACAUUCAUACAUGCAUCAGAGAGCAACUUGGUCUUGCUCAAGGAUAUUUGGGAUGCAGGCGGAGCAGCCAAUAAUGGAACUACCAGCCUUCCAAUUUCUAGAUGACCUGCUCUAAAUCCUGACACAUGUAGUAUUACCGGGGCAACACUGGGAGUUACAUGCGCCAUUGUGACCCUAGUGUGACCUCAGUAUGUCAGACUCAUCAUACGUCAUACAAUCUGCCUUAGUGGUUGUGCAGAAAUAUAUUCCAAAACGACCUAAUGGUACUGCUGCCGUUAACCUAGAAAAGAAUCUCAGGACACUACGAGUUUGUGCCUCAGUGUGCCUUUUCAGCUGUCCAACCUCUGCGCUAGAAAGGCAUCUUUAAUUUUUUUCCAUGUAGAUCCCUCAUGGGGUGUAGUACAUUCCUGAAAGGCUCAAAAGCAUUGAUUCAGACACAUGUGACCAAAAGGGGAGUGUAUAGUGCUCCGUACCAAGUCACAUGUGUAUUUAAGUGCUCCCUCAGGACCGGUUGCCUUAUACCAGCAUCGCUGACAAAAGAACGCCGCGUGUCCAGACAGAUUUCCUUUGUGGUUUAUGAUCAUAUAUUUGUAUUGUUGAGUGUCUUUUUUUUUUCUACAGAUUUUGUUCACAUGUUUAUGUUGGUGCUACUGAGUGGAUUUGUAUAUAUGCAUAUUUACAACAUGGGAGAUGGUGUUAGGCAGUGUUACAGUGCUUAACAACUUUAAAAGAGCACGAUUGAAUGGAAGGUUUUAAUGCCACAGCUGCUCUAAAUUAUCAGUAUUUGUAAUGGAAAAAUCCUUUUUGCAUAUAAAAACAUAAAUUCAAUUUGUUAUUUGCCUGUUAAAUAACAAUAUUAAUGUUUAGAUUGACAGAUUUCUAGAAUAUUUGUGGGGGCUGGCUUGUUUUAUCACAGGUGAUCUAAUAAAUAUGUUAAGCACUGUACCUGCAAGUGUGGUUAUGCUAAAGACUAUAA